GUGUGGGAUGGGGUGGCGAGGAGAGGGUAGGAAGGCCCCAGCCCAUCUUGGGGCUCAGUUUCUGUAUUUGAAAAAAAAAACAAAACUGUGUUGCACUUGUAAACCCGUUUCCGGCUGUCGGAUUCUUUGGGACUGGAAUUCUGUUCUCCCAAUGAUCAGGCAUUACUGGGGGAGGAGACUUAAUGUGUCAUCUCAUUUAAUUAUCAAGAUCUAUCCAUUCAGUGAGGUGAUCUACCUGAAGGUCAUGCAAGGAUUUGACUCAGGCAUCCGACUCCAGACGUGUUUACCUCUAAUAUUUCCAUAUACUUCCUCCUCCUCAUAGCUGAGGCUUCUGUGGUUUCCGUCUGUCUACUGGACCCUUACCAUAACCGGGGAUAGCAGCCACUUCUUGACCGUCUUUUGUCAGUUCUUAGGGUGGAGAAGUCUUGCUCAAAAGCUGUAAGAGGUUGCAGCCUUGAUUGAGGCAGUAGUAUUAGAGCUUUAGGUCCUGGAGUGGCACACUCAGUUCUGGGAUCACUUUCGUGGUGUGGUUUAAGAAAAAGUCAUCAGUAUCUUUGUAUCUGGAAAGCUAUCUGAGUAUGGCUAUCUGGAGAGAAGAGAGAAUGCCCCCCCUUUAAUAAAAAAGGAAUCACACUAGGGAUUUAAACUUAGGGAUUGACAGUUACUUAGACUUGACUGUUAUCAGAGUUUAAGUGUUCAUCGAAUUAACUCUAAAGUGAGGGUGGGAACCUGUUAUGGUCCGCUGUGAUGAGCUUGUUUUAGUAGGAAUCUGUUGGGCUGAAAGGCCUUUUAGGAUGAAAGGUGAGCGCGGAUCGUUACUCAGCAUCACAAAAGGAGAGAGAGCAAGCAGUGGGAGCAGCAGAGGGAGAGUGCUUGAGCCGAAGGCAGGUCGUGAUGUCUCGAGAGACGGAAGGGAAGUGUCAGCAGUCCCACGGCAGUGGCACCUGUUCCCAGUCCCAAGGUGGCUUCUCUCAGUCUCAAGGCAUCUCCUCCCAGACACACGGCUGCUCUUCACAGUCUCAAGGCACGUCCAGCUCCAGCAGCACGGCACCCACAUCUAGCCAGUCCUCUCACUCCAGCUCAGGAACGCUGAGCUCUUUGGACACAGUGUCUACCCAAGAACUCUGUUCUAUUCCUGAGGACCAAGAACCUGAGGAGCCUGUCCCCGCCCCUUGGGCUCGAUUAUGGGCCCUUCAGGAUGGAUUCCCCAAUCUUGAGUGUGUUAAUGACAACUACUGGUUUGGGAGAGAUAGAAGCUGUGAAUACUGCUUUGACGAGCCACUGCUGAAAAGAACAGAUAAAUACCGGACUUACAGCAAGAAGCACUUUCGGAUUUUCAGAGAAAUGGGUCCUAAAAACUCUUACAUCGCAUACAUAGAAGAUCACAGUGGGAAUGGAACCUUUGUAAAUAGAGAGCUGGUAGGGAAAGGAAGACGCCUUCCUUUGAAUAACAAUUCUGAAAUUGCACUUUCAGUGUGGAGUAAUAAAGUUUUUGUAUUUUUUGAUCUGACUGUAGAUGAUCAAUCAAUUUAUCCUAAGGAAUUAAGAGACCAAUACAUCAUGUCAAAAACUCUCGGAAGUGGUGCCUGUGGUGAGGUGAAGCUAGCUUUUGAGAGGAAAACGUGUAAAAAAGUAGCCAUAAAAAUCAUCAGCAAAAGGAAGUUCGCUAUUGGUUCUGAGAGAGAGGCUGAUCCAGCUCUCAAUGUUGAAACAGAAAUAGAAAUUUUGAAAAAACUAAAUCAUCCUUGUAUCAUCAAGAUUAAAGACUUUUUUGAUGCCGAAGAUUAUUACAUUGUCUUGGAAUUGAUGGAAGGAGGAGAGCUCUUCGACAGGGUGGUGGGAAGUAAGCGCCUGAAAGAAGCCACGUGCAAACUCUAUUUUUACCAGAUGCUCCUGGCUGUCCAGUACCUUCACGAAAAUGGUAUUAUACAUCGGGACUUAAAGCCAGAGAAUGUUCUGCUCUCAUCUCAAAAAGAGGACUGUCUUAUAAAGAUUACUGAUUUUGGGCAGUCUAAGAUCUUGGGGGAGACCUCUCUCAUGAGAACAUUAUGUGGUACUCCUACUUACCUGGCUCCUGAGGUUCUUAAUUCCUUUGGGACUGCUGGAUAUAACCGGGCUGUGGAUUGCUGGAGUUUAGGAGUGAUUCUUUUUAUUUGCCUUAGUGGGUAUCCACCUUUCUCUGAGCAUAAGACUCAAGUGUCUUUGAAGGAUCAGAUCACCAGUGGAAAAUUCAAUUUCAUUCCUGAAGCCUGGGCAGAGGUCUCAGAAAAGGCUCUGGACCUUGUCAAGAAGUUGUUGGUAGUGGAUCCAAAGGUGCGUUUUACGACAGAAGAAGCUUUAAGACACCCGUGGCUUCAGGAUGAGGACAUGAAGAAAAAAUUUCAGAAUUUGCUUUUUGAAGAAAAUAAGUCGGUGUCUCUACCCCAAGCCCCAGCCCAGCCGUCCACGAGUCGAAAGCGGCUUCUUGAAGGGGAAGCAGAGGAUGCUGAUACCACAAAGCGUCUGGCUGUGUGUGCUGCUGUGUCGUGAACACUGUUUGGACAUGAAAGGAAUCUGCCUUCUUGAACCCUGCUGCCAUUUUCUUUAAAUCUGUUUUUUUGUUUUGUUUUGUUUUUUUAAUAGUGUAUUGUAAUUGUGGGGAAGGUUGCUUUUUCAUGAUCAUCAAUACACAAUCCGAAACAUAGUAGAACCUGG